AUGUCUAGGGAAUGUCCUCAGAAUAAGGCCCAGAUGCAGGGAAAGAGUAUCGAUCAGGUUUAUAUGUUGGGCACAAAGGAGGCUAAAAGAAACAGUGCCUUAAUUGUUGGUACUUGUCUCGUCAAUAAUCAUCCUUGUUUUGUAUUGUUUGAUUGUGGGCCGACACACUCUUUUAUAUCAAUUCAGUGCUUGAAGCGUCUUGGCUUGCAAGCAAUUCCCUUGUCUCCUCCUAUGGUGGUUACUACCGCCGUGGAUGAUGUGGUUGAGACAUCGUUGAUUUGUGAAAAUUGUUCGCUCUCGGUGAAUGGUAGAAUUUUCUGGAUUGAUCUUAUUUGUUUACCACUUAAGAAGGUUGAUGUGGUUUUGGGGAUAGAUUGGAUUUCCGCCAAUUCGGUGUUUAUUGGAUGUGAAGAGAAGUUGAUUAUCAUUCCAUCUAGUGAAGCUACUCCAAAGGAUGUCCUGACUACUAUCUUGGAAGGUACGAUUGGCAUGGUUAAUUUCUUAUUUGAGAAUGAAAAGUCAGCUCUCUUGGUUCUUACCAAGGAAUCUAGCGAUAAUCUGAGUGUUACCCAAAUCCCUAUUGUUUGUGAAUUUCCAGAAGUUUUUCCUGAGGAUGUCACCUCUCUUCCUCCUGAAAGGGAAGUGGAAUUCUCUAUUGAUUUGAUACCUGGGACGACUCCAAUCUCUAUUUCUCUGUAUCGCAGGGCGCCACUCGAGUUGAGAGAGUUGAAGAAUCAAUUGGAAGAGUUGUUAACCAAGCAUUUCAUCUGA